UCUCAUCUCAUCAUCACAUCCAAAAAAACAUUACCCAAACAGCACAGUAAAAGAAAGCACUAAUCAAAGCAUCAAGAGACAAAGGAAAAAUGAAGGGAGCCGCAGUCAUUUCCAUGGUGGUUCUUGUUCUGGCAAUGGCUCAGCUCAUUGCCAAGCCAGCCGAUGCGGCCAUAAGCUGCGGGCAAGUGGACUCAAACUUGGCUCCUUGCAUUCCUUACUUGACCACAGGAACAGGGGAACCUGCCCCUAAAUGCUGCGACGGAAUCCGGAGCUUGAAGGCCAACACCGCCACCGUCGACGACAGGAGGGCUGCCUGUGCCUGUGUCAAGGCCGCCGCCGACCACUACCCGGUCAAGGAAGAUGCUGCUUCCGCUCUCCCGACCAAGUGCCAAGUCGCUAUCAGCAUCCCCAUUUCCAAGGCUAUCAAUUGCGAGACGAUCAACUAAGUGAAGAAGAUGAAGUGGGUGAAGUGUUUUGGCGGGUGAUACUAAAUAAAGCUUCCAUGCAUGGAUGGAGCGAGUCAUAAUAAUAUUCACUAUAUAUUUUUCAGGCUUCCUCUGCUUUCUUUCUCUGUUUAUGCUCCUGGACUGUGUUUCUGUCUAUGUUGAAUUUGAAUAAGACUACUUUUGGGUA